AUGGGCAUGUCAUCUGACCCAAAGCCCGACAGUGAGAGUCAAGAGCUCCUACGACAAGCAGCUGAGACAUUCUUAGAAGUGGCCAAUAUCGCUCAGCAAAACGAAGUUACCCCAAAUGUCAGAAGAUUCUACAGCCAUUUGAGCUGCCAUUGUUGUAGGCUACUGGGACAGUUGUCACAAGAACGGGAGACCUCCUCAUACCUGGAUGGAAACGUCAUAAACGAAGCUGUGGCUCACCUUGGCUUAUUGAUCCCAGAAAGCGGGCUAUCCGAAUUUGGUGGUAAUUCUGUCGCCCUUGAGACACGACUCAGGAUGCUAAGCCUUUUGUGGAAAGAGACCAAAAAGCGGUCACACGAAGCCAAACUCGGUUUCAUCAAUAGAUGGCUAAGAUCUGAUAUCUCCACAGAGGAAAGAGAAGAGGUGGAUACAGUUCUUGAGAGUUUAGCGGAUAGGCUCGAUAAGCAACAACCGAGACAGCCCAUCCCAAGGAGCAUAUACAAAACCGCAUCUUCCGAUGUUGAACAACCGACCUUUGCCGUGUGGAGAGCUGCCAAGUCCAUCUUCGAUGCCCUGAUAGACUGCAAAGGCUGUUCCUGUCCUUCACAGCAUGCAUUUAGGGCCAAGCUCGAAUUAGGGACUUACCGCACACCUGGAAAGAACGUGGCUGUCAACCCUGCACGACGACGAGUUCGAAGGCCUGGCCCAGAUGAUGAUGUGUCUGGCUGCCUUGAGAUGAACAUGUUUUUGUCUAUGGAGCGACAUUGGCACGAGUUUCGGGUGCAGGACGUAAGAGAGAAAGCUGUUCACUUCGCCUCUCCCUCCGACAUAUUACUACCCAGGGGAAGUGCAAGCAAGGGGAAACAUGUCAAGGUUGAGAUGCUGUGCAAGCCAAUCUUCGAAACACGGGCGAAAUCCCUACAACGCCUCGUUCUACGUCUAACUAGUGGGCAGCUCUAUGAAGUGAGGUUUGAAAAGAGUAAUAUCGACAAAAAUGCAGAACCGAUCUCCCUCACUCAAUGCUUCGAAGAGAGAAGAGACUUUUUCAUGGAUAAGACUAAACGCAUCUUGUCCUUGAUCAUCGGCUACACAGUCCUUCAUCUAUACGGAACUUCAUGGCUUCAGUCGGGAUGGGGGUCUUCGAGCAUCAAAUUCUUCCACACAACGUCAAAUACGAUCCCUCUCCGGCCCUUCAUUGAGACACAACUGCCCAAUGACGGCGCUGCGGAUGUGGCUGAUGAUCCUGAGGGUGAUGAUAUUGAUGCUAUGGAUGCUGGGCAUUGCUGUCCAGAACUGGUAGCACUAGCUGUUGUUCUGUUGGAAAUCAACUUUGUCAAACCUUUCAGCCAGCUGGCAGCCAUGCAUGACAUCCAACUGAUAGAGACUCGCAGUGGACGUAUCACUCUCAUGGACGUCGAUCAAGUUCUUGAGGGAGAAGAGGGCGGCGAAGAAGGAUGGCGAUAUCAGAUCCCGGAAGAGUCUCUCCUGCUGGAAGCCAUAGAUAACUGCCUGGACCCAGAGCUAUGGGAAGACGAUGGACAACCCUUGGAUGACGAGACACUCAGGUCACGAAUAUACGACAAAGUUGUCAAACCGCUACAAGAUCAUCUAACCACCGGCUUUGGUAUUGAAGUUGAAUCUCUCGACCAGUACGCCAAGAACUUGGACUUUUCAAAAUGGAGCCAGGGCAUCGCCACACAGGAUUCUCAUAGCCAGUCCCUCUUUCUUUCCCCAAAGACAGGCACGCCUUGUCGUAGCCCAUCCCCAGCACUUUUUCCACAGCGAAGCAAGUUUUCAAUCAGCACGCAGAUAGAAAGAUCGAUGCAGCAGUAUUCAGAUUUGCGCUCUAUGAUGCCGUAUUCAGUAUCAGACUUGGAUCCCACUACCAAUUGUGACAGCCCACAGAAGGCUUUCCAAUUUUUUGACGACCAAGCUAACGACGGGCCUUUGUUUGCAAACGAGAAGGAAAAGUAUAAAAUCAGGAAACAGGAUUACAUGAACGUGUACGAAAAGUUUGUGGGUAAACGUCUCUCAAAGUCUACUUCAAAGCCAGUCAGGAUCGCCAUCCUAGACACGGGCAUUGAAAGAGGUCAUGCUCUUGUGGAACCUCGCGAGGAUAGUCUCAAAGGCAAGAGGAACUUCUAUAAUCCUUUACAGACGAACGUGGCAGAUACACACGGACAUGGUACCUUUACUGCAAGUCUCACUAUGGACUAUGCUCCAGAUGCAGACUUAUACAUAGCAAAGAUUGCAGACAAGGAAAACACGAGACCCGAUGCUAGUAUCAUUGCAAAUGCAAUUCUACAUGCUGUGGAUGAGUGGCAAGUUGAUAUCAUUUCCAUGUCCUUCGGAUGGCCUUCCUCCGAUUUCGACGGCUACGAAGCUCUUGAAGCCGCCAUUGACAAAGCAUACUCCAAGAAAGUCCUCAUGUUUGCCGCCGCUGCUAACAGCGGUGGUCGCCUUGCUCGUGCAUACCCAGCAAGCAGUCCGCAUGUUAUCUGCGUACACUCCACAGACGCGCUAGGAAACGCAUCUGACUUCAGUCCCACGGCUGAUCCAAACUCGAUAAACAUCGCCACAGUGGGCGAGUGUGUAGAAUCAGCAUGGCCCACGUUCCUCUGCGACAGCUCGAAUUAUGAUUGCGUCAAAUCUCGAAGCGGCACGUCGUAUGCUGCGCCUAUUGUUGCGGGUAUUGCCGGCUUCUUGCUACAGUAUGGUCGUCUUCAUUUGACGAGUGUUGAGGCAAUGGCGAUGAAGAGACGAGAUAAGAUGGAGGCUGUACUGAGACGAUGUGCAGUGCGAGGCUCGAAUUAUCAGCCUAGGGAUGGAUAUUUCUCGGUGGACCUUAGUUUGGACAAACAGAAUCUGUUUGGAGAGAAGCUCGAGUGGGUGAGCUAUGAGAUCGCAAAGGCAUUGCGUGUAUGA